CGUGCGCUGUUUGACGCGUCAUGGCAGAUGCGCAGCGACACGGAGCCCUCUCCGGGGCUACAUCUGCAUUUCCACAAUAACCUCGCUGGAAUGAUCAUUUACUGAAUAACUGCAGCAUCUUCUCAUAUUUUAUUGCCAGUUUUUCCUCCGGGUGCCCACCCACCCGGCCUCAUCCCCUUCACCCACCUUCCAUACGUGCGCCCUUUAACUGUGCGCUUUUAUGUCAUAUUGUUAAAUGGCGAAUUAUCGAAAUGACUUCUCCGCUUUCCACCCCCCUCCACCCCCUUCUUUGUCACCGCCGGACCCACCCAGCGCAUUGAAGGCAGGAUUCAGGCCAGGUUGAUGUUGUCAUGGAAACGACAGCAUCAUGUAUUUCCCUACAUAAGCAAUUCGGGUGCACCCGGUGAAAUGAUAAAAAAAUAAAAUAAAAUACUGCUUUCGUUAAAUGUGAUUGAUGCACCACCGGGGUGAGUGGCUGCAGGAGGGGAGUGUGUUGGUGUGGUGGGUGGGGGACAGGAUAAAUGAGGGUGCUUAUAACCGUGGCAAGAGGAGGAGGAGGGUGUUUAUUCCGGUGGUUGCCAGGCAGGUUAACAGACCCCCACCCCCUCACCCACUUCCCAUAUACACCUACAGAAACCAUGAUGGUUGCAUAUAUGCAUACUAUCCAGUCUGUGGCUCUUUUUGAAGUCAUUCUACAUCUGAGCUUAUGGGCGGUAUUUUGAGCCCUUUCCUGGUUGUGCUGGUAUGCAGAACACGCUGAAGCCCAGAUCUUCUUCUUCAGCAGGAGGAGCAGCAGUCUUUAUACUCUGUGCUAUUUAUGAAGCAGUCCUUUUAUGUUUUCCCCUUCCUGCCUUAGGUUGACUCCUCCAUGUCUCCGUAGCUGCAGUCAGCCUGCACCAUUCCGUUUUACAGCCUCAGAUUUACUCUGACAGCUCUCCUCAGAUACAGUGCACUCUCGCUCUGCUUUUCCUGUAGCUACCGGUGUUGGUCUGUAUCUUUGGGAGAGAGUCUGCUGAGAGUCUGUGGAAUCAAAAAGGAAAAGGAAAAAGAGAGAGAAAGGGAACAAAAAAUGGGAUAAAUCAUAUUUGUGAAGUGCUUCUGUUUUUUUUUAUUUCCAGUCCCAAUAAUUCACCGUCAUCCUGUAACCUCACCCAGCACAAAGCCAGUGGCUCAACUGCUCCAAGACGUAAACAUGCAAGAUUCAUAUCUUCCAGUCCAGUCAGAUGAGAACGCCGUUUCCUCUUUUUCUGUAAAGCAACGCUGCUUGUAUCCCAUCCUGUGUGUUUGUCUUCACCCGAGGCAGAUCUGCUCUUUGACUCAGGCCCAAAAGGGAAGUCUUAAAUCUCCACAAAGCAUCAGCGAGGGGCGACCUGGCUUUUAUUUUUGCAGGGUUAAAGGGAAAAAAAGAAAAAAGAAUUACAUUCAAUGGGCCCAUUUGUUCAACCUCGCCGCUUCCAUUUGCUGCAUUUAUGUAAGGGUGCGCAUGCAUUCAUGUAUGUGGAUGCCCAUGCACUUGCACAUAAGUGUACACACAAGAGUGGAGUUAUUUUUAGAGAUUUCAUUAAGGGGCGCUUCUUCUCUACCGUCAGUCUAGACCUGGCUGUUUCUGCAUGCUUGUGCGUGCGUGUUACGAGUAGGCAGAGUGGAUUGGGAGGAAGAACCGUGAGCGUGCAUGUAGGCGUCUGUCCAUUGCUAUUACAGGACAGGAUUAUUUCUGAAGGGCUCGUUGUGGUGAUUCACUGUGCAAAAAGUAGAAUGAGCGAGUGCACUCACUGCAAGGUAAAAAGCUGAGUUAUGCCUCCUACUGCAGGCUGCUGCCCUCUGAGCUGAUCAGAGAGCAGCUCCACGAGAGACGGCAUCACCGCAGCCACAGCGCUCCCAUUUGUGAUACAAUGAUAAAGCCUGGAUUUCAGGGGAAAGGAAAAUGGCUUUUAGCUAGCAGUAAUAGUGACAACUGAAUAUCACAAAUGAUUAAUUGACUCUCACAUGGCAAUCCUUUAUGAAUCAACCCUUAUCUGGUUGUUUUCUAUCUGCUCCUGUAAAUCAUCCAUAAGGCUGUGUCCUUUGGCAUUGUGGAGGUCAAACAGGUUCAGCCUAACCUUUAGUCUCUCCAUUUUCACUCCCCAAGGGUUUCGCUAGAUCCAAAUAUUGAUUAGUAUCAAUUCCAAGGCUGGUAUUGGUAUCAGAUCAAUAUUAACUCUCCAAAAGUAAUCAAUCAAUAUGGACGAUACUUUUCUAUCCUCUAAGUUCAGUAUGUAGCCCCCUGGAUUGUGUUAAAUAAUUCUUACAUGAAAUACAAUAAAAGCUGAAAAGUGGAGUUUUUUGUGUGAACUAAUUACUGUGGAAAGUAAAAAUCACCGUGAUUUAGUAAUCAUUAAAAUGUCUUCAAAAUCAGCAAACUGAUGACAAUGAUUCAUCUUAUAAAUCAAGACACGCUGCUCUCUUCUUAAAGGUUAAAAGUUCUGGUAUCAGUAUUGGUAUCUGGCCGUGUAUUUACUUGCAGUAACAACAUUUUAACACUUUUUUUCUGUUUGUUGUGGAGUUCAAAGUCUGCUUGAAAGUUUUCGCUUAGGCCUCAGCCGAAUGUCACUAAUCCUGGAUGCACAUGAACUCAGACCUUCUGGGUGCCACUUUAGAACCCCGGAUCCGUUGUGUGUUUCUGGCUAUUUUCUUAAAUCCAUAAAGCUUCCUAAUCUUUCAGUGGAUCGCUCUUUGUUUGUUUCCUACACCUCGGCUCACUGCUGCAAAGAAGCUUAAAAGCCUUUAAGUUUGCUCCUGCCAGAUGGACCGCCGUUGGAGGGCGAAUUCUGAUAAAAGCCGCAGGGAUGCCGCGAAUAUUACACCACAUCGGGGAAACUUUUGUUGCUCGUUACGCUCUGUUGUUCCUGCAGAGAACGGGAAUGUUGUGUCCGUUAUGAUAUCUGAGCUGAAUGAAUGAACUGUUGCUGUUGUUUCCUCUUCUGUAGUUAAUUAGGGAUAAAAGGCUGACAUGCAGAAUCUAUUUAAAGCUCCGGUAUAGAAAGGGGAGUGUAAAAGCGCUCCUGUUUCCAAUACAGGCUAACAUGUAAUUUCCAUCCAGUGGAAAUUAUUCCUCGGAGGUUGAAAGACAACGACUCGGUCCCCGAAGCAGAGGGAGGUGACUGGUCUGCGCUGGUCACAUGUUCUCUCUCUCUCUCUCUUGCAUUCCCUUACUCUGUUGCAACACUCCUCAUCUCUCUCGCUCACUCCUUCCCUCCUACUCUCUCUGUGUCUCAUGCUCAUGACUGCCUUGCUGGCGUAGUAGAUUUUUUCUCUUUUUUUAAACUUUUUUAGAGGGAUGUGAAGAGGGGAAAUACUGAGUUGACUGCAGCAGAGUUGGACAGCAUGCGUAUUGCUCUCUCUUCUCAAGGUUGACAUUUCCCCCUCUCCUCCAUAAUCUCCCUUUUUUAUACUUCCUUCCAUCCCGUGCUCGAGGACUGUGCCCGCUUCUCCGGCGACAUGUAUUCCCUGGACGACUUCGGUGAACAGAGUAUCUGCCAGGCGCGGGCCUCUGUGAUGGUCUACGAUGAUGCCAGUAAGAAAUGGGUGCCCAUCAAGCCUGGGCAACAGGGCUUCAGCCGAAUCAACAUCUACCACAAUACUGCCAACAACACCUUCAGAGUGGUGGGCGUUAAACUGCAGGACCAGCAGGUGGUGAUCAACUAUUCCAUAGUGAAGGGCCUGAAGUACAAUCAGGCCACCCCGACCUUCCAUCAGUGGCGUGAUGCCCGGCAGGUCUACGGGCUGAACUUUGCCAGUAAGGAGGAGGCCACCACCUUCUCCAACGCCAUGCUGUUCGCCCUCAACGUCCUCAGCUCACCUGACAGCGGAGGCCCAGUCGUGCAGCGCCAAAAUGGGCCCUCCUCGGACGAAAACGAAGCACAGAGGAGGAUGAUGGAGCAACAUCAGAUGCACAAGGAGAGGGAGCGACGGACGUCAGGAUCAGUCGUUUCCACUCUCCAAUAUAAAGUGUCCACCCCUCCCAUCCACCCAGACACUCCUCCCGAGUACAGACAUUACAGAGCUAGCACACUGCCACCCUCCUACGUCCGCGUGGCAUCCUCCUCUCCUCCCACCUCCGCCUCCAUGUCUCCCUCUCAGGAGAAGGAGGCGGGAGCCGCUAGGGACAAGGCCCAGCUCUCCUCCCAGCUCUCCACCUCACUCGCAUCAGCCUUUUCCCCAGUCCAGGCAGGAGUGACCACCCAGGGCCGACAGGUCCGUCAGAUCCCCCUAUCUCCACCCACCGCAGCCCGCCACCUUCACCUUCAACAGCAACAACAGCAACAAGACACCAUGCUGCCCCCUAAACACGGCACCUGGUCUGCUUCACACUUGCAGCAAAUGUACGCCCAGUUUCCCCAGUCCUCGUCCCCCCCAGUAAUGAUGGCCAUGCCGGUGAAGCAGGGUUUGCCCCCGCAGCCGGUCCUCCCGGUGGCUCACCCCCUCCCACCUGUAAGCACUAGGAUGAAGCCCCCACCUUUCGAUCCCAAUACCGUUACAACCCCUCACCAAUACCCUCAGCACCACCCACACCCUCACUCCAACGGCCAGCCAGACGAUUCCUACUCCCCUCAUUCUCAGCACCUGCCACUCACACCACAGUACUGCGAGGCCAUCCCACUGCCCCCUCUCACAAGUCAGACACCCCCAGGCCCUCCCCCCAGCCACCAGCCCCAGUACCCAUCCACUUUCCACCCACAGCAGCAGCAACAACAACAGCAUCAGCAGCAGCAGGUGUACCACCAGCAGGCCCAGCCCCCUACCACCACCACCACCUCUUCCUCCUCCUCCUCGCCCCCCUCUUACACUGCCAUGUCUGACGGGGGCUCGCCCAAGAAGACCCCCUCCCCUGUCCCCCAGCCAACCCCCAUGACCAGCAGCACCGCAGCUCCAGCACCUAGGGCUGGUCCUCCAGCCCCACCACCACCACCUGGUCCACCACCCCCAAUGGCCGUGCCGCCACCCAUGCCCCCUCCAUUACCCGCUGGUGGAGGGCCUCCUGGUGGCCCACCUGGGGUCCAACACCAACCCUCAGGACUGGCUGCGGCACUGGCUGGAGCCAAGCUACGUAAAGUGAAUAGGGAUGAGAGCAGCCCUCCUGGUUCUAGUGGCAAAAGUGACUCCAACCGGUCUAGCGGUGGCAGUGGCGGCGGAGGGGAGGGACUGAUGCAGGAGAUGAAUGCCUUACUAGCACGCAGACGAAAAGCUUCUGAGAAACCUGAUGAGGAUGACUCAGGUGGUCGGGGAUCAGGUCAGCAGAACUCAACAGAUGCUGUGAAGAAGCCAUGGGAGCGAUCCAACUCUGCAGAAAAGUCCUCACUGGUGUCCAGAGUGAGGCCCAUCGGCAGCACUAGUGAAGCAGACACAGAGUUUGACAGGAUGAAACAGGAGAUUUUGGACGAAGUCGUGCGCGAGUUGCAUAAAGUGAAAGACGAGAUCAUUAACGCCAUCAGACAAGAAAUUGGCAGAAUCAGUACAUCCUAAUCUCAUCCGAGCGUACAGAUGGAAGAGGAGGAGCAGGAGGAGGAGAGCGACGGAGGAGCUGGAGGAGGACGGACACGCAGAUGCACAGACGCGAGGACCAGGGAAUGUUCUCUCAAUGUUUCUGUGACCUCAUAGACGCCAUCGUUCGAGUUGCAGAGACGUUGUGGCAACAUUUAAGUCUGCUGGACAGCAACAAUAAAAAGAAGAAACGGAGAUAAGAGAGCGCGGAUUAACGAGAGGGACGAGCAGAAGAAAUGUGGGGAUGGAUUAAAGGAAGACUGACGUACAGGUUGAACACAAACAGAGGUUGACAGAUGGACUAAAAGAAGAAGUGAGGAAAAGAAGGACGUUCGUGCUGAGUUUUGGUGUUGUGGUCCUCUCUGUGCACCUAGACUCAGUCAGCCCAGUGUUGCAACUCUUUGUUUGCCGUUCAGUCCAAGUCUUAAGAAGAAAAUAUUUUUGUUUUCUAAGUUUUUACUGUUUUAUUAUUUAAAAAAAUGUGGUGAUAAUGAUGAUGAUGCUGUUGAUGACAAUGAGUAUUUUAUUGAUAUUCUAGAGGGAGAAAGGAAUCUUGCACACCCUACGUCAGCCUUUUAUAUUUUCUAUUGUUUUUGUUUAGUUUAUCCCUAACUCGUUGACGAUAACAAGCACAAUAUGGGCACAGUGGCUCCGCAUACCCACCUGCCCUCAACUGGCAUAUUUAAAAAAAAAAGAAAGAAAAAAAAGACUUUUUACGACCUUGCUCAUACUGGCGUUGUGUAUCUAACCUUUAAGAAAAAAAUAGCUUAAACCACUUGAAUUACCUUAAUUUCCACCAUAUUUAAAGGCAUAACAAUUUUUUUUGUUUUUAGCAAUGAAUCAGACAACACACAAAAAGUCUGCUCUGCAACUCCAGUGUGACCGAGGUUUCUCUGUAACUGUUCGGACGUGCGAGAUCACUGAAACUCGGGGAUCAUUCACAAAAAACAGGCCGAUAACUUUAAAUGUGCCACCUGGUUUUACCUAGGUAUAAAAAAAAAAAAUGUAGUAUUAUAUAUAUUAGUCACCCUAUGCUUUGUGAACCCCACCCCCCACCAAGUAUGCAUGAAUACCCCAUCUCUAUGAAUAAGUUUAUUUGGUUUGGGGACAAAAAAAAAAAAAAGACACACACAUGCAAAAAUCUAUAUAAACGGUGGUACAUUUACUAUAGUGGUUUGUUUCUAUGAACGUUCCCUUUCUACAAGAUGUUAACCUUGAUGAUGGUAGCAAUGUGGGGAGAAAAAAAAGUGAAGAGGAUCGGUUGCUCUGGCAAUAUGCAAACCUAGCUAAGUGCAAGAGAUGAAAAGUAGGCCUUUGUGAUGGUAGCUAAAUGUGUAUUUGCAGGAAGGCUUUGGAUGAAUAUCAGUUGUUGCAUUCUGUUCACUCUGUCCGCUCUCAACUACGUUCUCAUUUAAAAAGCUGGAAGUAAAUUCAUUCAUUCAAAAAAAAAAAAAAAA